AUGUGGUUGAAAAACCAGCCACACAUUCACAGCCUCCUGGGCAUCCUUGUUCUCUUCAUCCUUGUUUCCACAGCAUCUGCUGCAAACCGUGGGUCUGACAUUCUCGACAAGGGCCGCAACAUCACCGACGGUGACACCCUUGUUUCGGCUGAUGGGUCAUUCACCCUGGGCUUCUUCCCUUCCGGGGUGCUUGCCAAGAGAUACCUCGGUAUAUGGUUCUCCGUGUCCGAGGACGCCAUCUGUUGGGUAGCCAACAGAGACCGUCCUCUCACUGACGCUCGUGGGGCGCUGGUGAUUAGUGACACGGGAAGCCUUUUCUUGCUCGAUAGCUUCGGCCAGGUUGUGUGGUCUUCAAACACGACAGGCGCUGCCUCCACGAUGCUGCAACUGCAUAAUUCAGGCAACCUUGUCCUGAGCGAUGGGAGUGCCAAUGGUGCUGCCAUAUGGCAGUCAUUUGACCACCCAUCAAACACCUUGCUUCCCAGCAUGAAGAUUGGCAAGAACCUAUGGACCAGGGAAGAGUGGUACCUUACGUCGUGGGCUUCGGCCAAUGACCCUGCCACAGGGAAGUUUCGCUACAUUACUGACGGAGAAGGUGUGCCACAAAACAUACUCUUGGAUGGUGACAAAAUGAUCUACCGGUCAGGACCAUGGAAUGGCCUACGGUUCAGCGGUGUCACGGAGAUGACCUCGUAUUCUGACAAGUUUGCUUACCAGUUGACAAGCAGCUCAAGUGAGGUAACCUACAGCUAUGUUUCCAAGGCUGAAGCCUCCUUCUCGCGUCUACUUCUGACUGAUGAUGGAGUAUACCAACGCCUGGUAUGGGACCCAACCAGCCGGUUGUGGAAGAUCUUCUUCCAAGCGCCGAGGGACAUCUGCGACCACUAUGGCAGGUGUGGGGCAUUUGGUCUGUGCAACGCCAAUGCUCCAUCAACGUCGUUCUGCAGCUGUGUACAGGGGUUCAGCCCGACAUCUCCAGUGCAGUGGAAGAUGAGGGACACCUCCAACGGUUGCCGCCGAAAGAUGGUACUGGACUGUGGCAAUGGAAUGUCCAGUACCACGGACGGUUUCGUGGUGAUAGACGGAGUGAAGCUUCCCAACACGCACAAUGUAUCGGUGGAUGCUAGCAUCACGUUGGAGGAGUGCAGGGCGAGGUGCCUGGCCAACUGCUCUUGUCUGGCGUAUGCGCCGUUGGAUCUCAAAGGAGGAGGCGCUGGAACUGGCUGCAUCAUCUGGACAGAGGACCUCAUGGAUCUCCGGUAUGUAGAUGGAGGGCAAAUCCUUUAUCUCAGAUCCACCAAGUCAGAAUUAG